CGUGCAGUGACCUAUAUAUGCCCUGCUGAGCGUCAAACUACCCCUCCCACUUGACAACAAAGCAGUCCAAAACUGAAGAAGUUUUCGCCGCCAUGUUACCUGCAAAGAACCUACUACUCUACACCUUUAUUUCUGGGUGGUUUCUGGACAUCAGCCUGUCAAAAGACGAGGCAAUGGACAUCGUCUUUCCACCAGUGGUCGAACCGGGCGACUCCGGGCUACCAGACGGCCACCUAAUGCCGCUAGGCUGCCAGCGAGCGCCGGAAGGGCCGGUCCAAGAGUACGCGGAGCCUCUGAGCCCAGUAGACUUCUGGAACCGCCACGUUAAAGACUACGUACCCCUCGUGUACAGGCAAGCCAUAGCCAAGGCCCCCGCCGUCACCAACUGGCAGAGUGAUGAGUACAUCAGGGAGACCUACGGGGACUUGGACGUCUUGGUGGAGACGAAGAACGAAGAUAGAAAAGCUCGCCCACAGAGGAUGUCCUUAGAAAAGUUCUUAGACAGCUACCGACGCGAGGACUGGUACGUGGUGUCCCUGCUGCCCGACCCCAUGCGAGCAGAGAUGCAGGUUCCUCGCUCCUUACUCUGCGGGACGUUCAGGAGGAGCAUACUGGAGUCCAACCUCUGGCUGUCUGGCGGAGGCACCAGGUCCCUCCUCCACUAUGACGCCGACCACAACUUGCACUGCCUGGUCUCGGGGCGGAAGGAUUUCAUCAUGGUCGAGGCGAAGUACGAGGAUCUACUUGACGUGGACGUGAAGAGGCGGUACUCCGGCUCCAGUUUCUCUCACCUGGACAUGGACAGGAUCGACCUCCUGGCACACCCCCAGGUUUCUGACGUCCCGUGGACCUGGGCCACACUGCUGGGCGGGGACUGUAUCUUCAUCCCGUCAGGCUAUUUCCACCAGGUGCGGUCCUACGGCCGCAGCGUCGCCGCUACCAUCAUGUGGGACCCGGUGAACCAGUUCAACACCUCCGAGGACUGUACAGAGACCGACAUCGACAAGUACACGGCGCUAAGCGAGGUGCGGGUGCAGUGGACCUACCGUAAAGGGGACCGCUCCAUCGACAUGGGCUUCAUGGACGUGGAGAGCGUGAGGGGCGCGAUUCUGGACCUGAUGGAGGCGCGGAACACCACCGAACUCACCAAGGAACUCUUCUCCGUCUACUACGAGGAAAGCGUAGUGGACGAAGACAGAGACGGGAACAUAGAAGAGGAAGACCUGAAGGUCAUCGACAAGAUGUUCGACAUUCUGGACAAGGACAAGGUCGGGUACGUCACGCGUCAGGAGUUCCAGGACCUUGACAUUGAACUUCUCAAGGACGUAGUCCGCAUCCUGGACGAGCCGCACGGGCCGGUCACAGGAAGUGAUGACGUCGGCAAGCGUGACGAUGACGUCGGAACACGUGACGUCAUCCCAGAAAAGGAUGACGUCGGCACGCGUGACGUCGACACAGAAAAUGGUGACGUCGGCACACGUGACGUCAACACAGAAAAGGAUGACGUCGGCACGCGUGACGUCGACACAGAAAAUGGUGACGUUAGCACACGUGAUGACACACGUGACGAACUGUGACACCGUACAGGCCUACAAAAUGCGUUAUUCAUAAAUUUUGUGGUUGCAAAAGAUUGUACAUGGGCUCAUUCGCAUGGGGUGUAACUUAUAGUGUCCAUUUUCUUGCUACAAAGGUCAACAUUAUUGACCGGUUGUUAAUGUAACUGAUGACAACUGUCUUUGACAUCGAUCUUUGAACAAAUAAAAAAAGUGUGUUCUUUUUCA